AUGAAGCUUGGCAUCACGAUGAAUACGGGGAGGGGCGUCUUGGCGUGGGACCAAACGGAGAACGCGUUCUAUUGCACUUAUCAUCUUCCUAACUCCCCGGUCAUGGUGGGCGUGCCUCACAGUAAGGGCUGCCAGUCUUGUGUACGGCGACGGAUUAAGUGCGACGAAAGACGGCCGCUCUGCAAACGCUGCGAGACCCGCGGUCUGCAAUGCCCCGGUUAUGAAAAACCAACUAGAUUCUGCCAUUUCUCCAUUACCCAAGGCGACCGGCAGAAUGCUCUCCAAUCUCGGCCAAGGAAAAUAUUACGAAAUGACAACGUCGAAGGCCGCAGCGCCAGCAACAAGGACGUUGCUCCGAGUUUCGAUGAAUGCGUCGUGCCUACUCUUGUCCAAAGGUCGAUGUGUAUACAACAAAAGGAAGUAUUCGGUGACUUUGUCGAUGUCAAUUUCCCGGGCCUCUACUACUCAUGGAGUUCCCGCAUGGAAGUAAAUUUCAUGGAAUUCAUGCGCCAGCAGAGCGAUACCCCGACGAAUGCCCUCGUGUGGGCUGCUUCUACAUUAUGUACAGUGAAUAGAGGCCAAAGGGACCAAGACCGCCAGCAAGUCGAUCUCGGGCGUGCGAUGUACAUUCGAGGAAUACGAACUUUGAUACAGUUGAUACAGAAUCCAAGGACUGUCAAAUCGGACCAAACUUUGGGCGCUGCGGUGCUAUUGGGGAUUUGUGAAAUGAUAGAUGGAUCAUUUGAGCAAUCCUGGCUGGCACAUUCUAGUGGGAUUGCGGCUCUUUUCCAACACCGAGGACCCGAAGCGCACCGCGAUGGAGUCGGCAGGACAUUGCUGAUCUCCUUCCGGGCCUUUAUUGUGGCAGACUCUCUACUUCGAGGCGAGCCAUGCUUUUUGGCGGAACCUGCCUGGAGGGCUGUGAUUAUACAAUCGAUGAAGCAAGAGAAUGAACGUGGGAAAGGGAGUGAGCUUGGUGAUUUGGUGGAAUUUGCUUUCCAUGAAAUAACUCUUUGCCCCGGCCUGGUGGCGCGAGUGCGCGACAUACUUGCAGGAAAAACAAUUGAUCCUAUUCAGAAGAAGCUCUUGGUUGGAGCAGUCACGACUCAAAUAUCAAAUCUUUCCAAGCUACACAACAGGCUUUCUAUCUUGUUCUCUCAAGGGAUUGCGCUUGAGAGUAGACCAGACCUCGUCGGCCCUAUCCCUCGCCCGGUUAUCCACAUGCUCACGAAGUUCUCCCUGCAGGGGAUUAAUAUGGCCAUCGAUUUGUUAAAUCGACUACUGAGAUCACUGAGCGUGCAUCAAACAGGUAGCAUUCUGGACGGCAACUAUUACAAACAAAACUUCAACCAGACUUGCCUAGCAAGUGACAGAAUCAUCGGAGAAAAGCUUAUGGAAGGGCCGGACGAACUUGCUUUAUCCAUGGGAAUGCUGGUCCUAAAACAAUAA